UCUCAUUUUCCUCUCUCUCUCUCUCUCUCUCUCUCUCUCUCUCAAUCUCAAUCUUCUUCCAUCAUAUCAAUUCAGUUGCUUUGAAGUAAUCAUGUCAGGAUCAUCCGCCGUUGAAAUCGAUUUCUUUCGUCUCAGAGGCGAAGCAUCCGUCAUUUCACCCCCUCCAAAGAGGCUUUCUGAUCGUCGAGAUAUUCAAGGCGUGAUAUCGAAGAUCAAUCCGGAGCUUCUUAAAACUGCGAUUGCUUCCGCUUCUGCAAACAACAGUUUCCUGUCGAACAAAUCGUGUUCGUCUCCUCAUCAGCAAACUCAAACUCUGCCUGUUUAUAGCCAGGAUUGUGGCGGUGUUAAAAUCGCUAGAAGUGCUGCUCCUAUGACUAUAUUCUACAAUGGAAGCGUUUCAGUUUUUGAUGUUUCUCCUGACGUGGCGGAAAGUAUCAUGAAACUUGCUGAGACUGGGAGUUCAGGUUCUAAACUUGUUGUGGAAUCAACUGCCGUGAAUUCGAAGCCUGGACCGCCUCCAAGCAAUCAAAACCAAGCGCUAGGCGGAGUACUCAACAAAGAUCUACCAUUGUCACGGAAGAAGUCAUUGAGGAGGUUUUUGGAGAAACGCAAAGAAAGGCAAGUGUCAAUAUCUCCAUACGCGUAUUCACAAGGAAACGCAUCUUUGCGGUGAAGAAAAGAGGAAAGAGAAGAUACAUAUAAACAUAUACACACAGCAUAUGGAAACAGACGACUUUUAAUUUUUAAUUUUUAUUUUCUUGGUGUUUCUUUUUUAUGAAAAAGACAUUGGGUAUGGAUGGAGUUAGGCCAGUUUCAGAAAUGAUUCUUUUUCUAUAUAGUUUGGAUCUUUUUAGUGGUCAACAUCAACAUAUAUUGACCCUAUUGUUUUGUUAAUUAUCGACCUGUGUUUGUUCAAAUUUGACCAACUCAUUUGUAAACGUGACCAAAUUUAUAUUUAAUUCAAUUUCCCUUUGAAUUUCUUUAUUC